CGCCCCUCUGGCGGCCCCGUCAGCGGCUCUCUGGCCCGCGGAUUCCGACCCUCGCCCCCGUGCCCUGCAGGGACCCCCGGGCCCCCGUUAGACACUGAGAGACCCUCCAGCCCCAUCAGAGACCCUCGCUGUUGUCAGAGCCCGUCGGUCAUGGCUUUGCCACUUCCACUCUGCCCUGCUGCUGAGCAGAAGGAAGCCCCAGCCACCCCCCACCACUUUCUUGAGGAGGAACAUCAGGGUCUUGCAUGCAAGCUCCGGGUGCCCCAAGCCGCUGUGGAAGAAGAUGAUGUCUGCUACGGUGGUGGGAGUACCUCUGCUCCUUGGCGCCCACUACCUUAUGGCAGAGGCACGGGAGAAGAGGAGGAUGCGGCUCGUGAUAGAGGGUGUUGGGCGUUUUAGUAGGUCCCUGUGUGUCGGCUUGCAGAUCUCCAUGGACUACUGGUGGUGUACCCACAUUCUCCUGCGAGGCGUGGACGAGAACAGCCCGAGGUAUGCAGAGGUGAUGUCUGCAUGCCACCAGAGGGCAGCAGAUGCCCUAGUGGCCGGGGCUGUCAGCAACGGGGGCCUCUACAUCAAGCUGGGCCAGGGCUUGUGCUCCUUCAACCACCUGCUGCCCCCUGAGUACAUCAGGACCCUGCGUGUGCUGGAGGACAAGGCCCUCACGCGGGGCUUCCGGGAGGUGGACGAGCUGUUUCUCGAGGAUUUCCACGCGCCAGCCCACGAGAUCUUUCAGGAGUUUGACUACCAGCCGAUGGCCGCAGCGAGCCUGGCCCAGGUGCACAGGGCCAGACUGCACAGUGGCACUGAGGUGGCCGUGAAGGUGCAGUACAUCGACCUGCGGGACCGGUUCGAGGGCGACGUCUACACACUGGAGCUGCUGCUGCGGCUAGUGGAGCUCAUGCACCCCAGCUUUGGCUUCAGCUGGGUCCUCCAGGACUUGAAAGGGACGCUGGCGCAGGAGCUGGACUUCGAGAACGAGGGUCGCAACGCGGAGCGCUGUGCGCGGGACCUGCGGCACUUCCGCUACAUCGUGGUGCCACGCGUGCACUGGGACAAGACCAGCAAGCGCGUGCUGACCGCCGACUUCUGCGAGGGCUGCAAGGUCAAUGACGUGGAGGCUAUCAAGGCCCAGGGACUGAUGCUGCAGGACAUAGCCCAGAAGCUGAUCCAGGCCUUUGCAGAGCAGAUAUUCUACACGGGCUUCAUCCACUCUGACCCACACCCCGGCAAUGUUCUGGUGCGGAAAGGCCCAGAUGGGAAGGCAGAGUUGGUGCUGCUGGACCACGGGCUCUACCAGUUCCUGGAUGAGAAGGACCGCUCAGCGCUGUGCCAGCUGUGGCGGGCCAUCAUCCUGCAGGACAACACGUCAAUGAAGGUGCACGCUGCAGCACUUGGGGUGCAAGGUGAGGGUGCUGGAGUGCCAGGACGCUGGGGCGGCAGGUCUGCAGACCUGCUCAGCCCUGCCCAUCGCCCCCCAGACUAUUUCCUGUUCUGUGAGGUGCUGAUGCAGCGGCCGGUGCGCCUGGGCCAGCUGUGGCGCUCCCACCUGCUGAGCCGCGAGGAGCUGGGCUACAUGCAGGACAUGGCCCGCGAGCACUUUGAGGACAUCAUGAGCGUGCUCAAGGCCCUGCCGCGGCCCAUGCUGCUCGUGUUGCGUAACAUCAACACCGUGCGGGCCAUCAACGCCUCCCUGGGCGCCCCCGUUGACCGCUACUUCCUUAUGGCCAAGAGUGCGGUCAAGGGCUGGAGCCGCCUGGUGGGUGCCAACCGCUUCAGCCUCUUGCGCCAAAUCAAGGUGGUCUGGGAAAUGCUUAAGUUUGAAGUGGCCCUGAGGCUGGAGAUUGUCCUGAUGCGGCUUACAACCCUGGUGGUCCGUACCCUGGUCCACUUGGGCCUCAUGACUGAGCCCGAGGGCCUCUGUGAGUACCUGGAGACCUAAGCCAUCCUUCCUGCAGGACAGGAGGACCUCAAAUGCAGAAGGGCUCCCAGCAGUGGCCCAACGGAGCCACCACUCAGGACUGGCGGUGUGGAUGCUCAGACCUGGCCCCAGAGCAGCUGCAGCCUGGUGGGGGUGCAGUGGGAUGCAACAGAGGCCUGGCUGGGAGCCCUGCAAUGACCACACGCUUUUCUCAAACAAAUCUUCUCAAACAAA